AUGGAGAAUUACCAAGAAAAUGUUGUGGAAAAAUUAGAACGUGACGAAUUCUAUGGGAAAUAUUUGGAUCCCCAUUCUAAAAAUGUCCUGACCAAUUCAUUAACUCUCAGAGAACAAGUCAAAAAGCUAUCUGAUGGCAUAGAAUUGUUGAGUCUGCAGUUAGAGAAGCAAGUAUUAGAAAAGCAUGAAGAUUUACUACAACAAGCAAACCAUGCUUCCAAACUUGAAGGAGUCCUAGAAACAAUGAACACACAUGUUAAAAACUUGUUUGCAAAUGCUGAACGUUUGAGAAUGCAGAUUCACAGUCCUUAUAAUGAACUUGAAAAACACACCAAAGUAUUAGGGCAUCUACAUUUAGCUAGUCAUAUCCUGAGGCAAGUGAAUCGUCUUCAACAGCUGAGUAAAAGAUUAUCAAAUACCAAUGACCCUGUUCAGAAAGCAACAUUAUUACAUGAAUUAGAGCAGCUUGCAUCUGAUCCUGAGUUGACAGAUAUUGAUGCAGUAACUUCUGAACUUAGAAAUAUUCGUAGUCACCAGCAAAAAGUUGUACAACUUGCUACAGGUUCAUUGAAUCAGGGAAUCAUCAAUGAAAAUAUCACUCAGACUACAACAGCUCUACAGAUAUUCAUAAACCUUGGUACAGUUAAAUCAGUGGUGGAAAGCAUAGUGGAACAUAAUCUAUAUGAAUGUAGGGAAAGUUUGAAGAGUGCUUUUGCUGUUAGUUCAGUGAAUACUAUGAAAUCUAAAGGUGGGCCUGGACACAUCAGUCUGAUGUCAAUGCCAAAUUUCAGAACUAAAGCAUGGGCAGAACUAAGAAAGGUUUUUUCUGAGGACAUCUAUCAAAUGUGUCAACAGGUGAAAUUUUUACAAACAACUUUGAACAACUUACAUUUACCAAAUAGCAAUUUUAACAUUGCCACAGAUUUUUGGGGUAGCUUGGGAAAAAUAUUGCAAGAAGAAAUAAAAAAAUCUUCCUCAGCUAUUCAACAAAUGUUGGAGGAAGAUUAUCCAAAGCUUCUGAAAUGUUACUUUGAAUUGACCAAGAAAACUAAAUAUGAUCCAUUUCCAUUUGAGCAUAAUGUUUUAAGGAAACUUGAAAACUCAUACUUAUCCACAUCUCUAACAAGAAUGUUAGAUCCUACACAAGCUAUGUUUAGUAGUGAAACUAACCUACCUACACAUGAUCAAAUUGAUUCUUUGAUUAGAGUUAUCACAAGUGAGCUGAGUGUAGCUCUAAUUGAAGAAAAUCUGAGUGAGCAGAUAUCCAAGAAUGUAGCAAAGUGCAUAAAAAUGUAUGCUGUCAAAACUGAGCAACAACUAGAAACUGGUCCAGAUGCAGCUCAAGUUAUUGCUGGGACAGCCAAUACUGGCCAACAGAAGAAUUUAAACCUUUCUAAUGACUUGUUCUAUCUGAAAACUCAGAUACAAAGAAUGCUGUCCAAUAUGAAGGAGAGUUUACCAGAAUCAUGUGUCAAAAUCAUUGAAGAAAGUAUACAAAGUCUUGAUAACCUUGUUGGUGCGAUUUUACAGCCCCUAAUUGCUUCUGUCAAUUCUGUCAUUGAUACAAUUAUCAUAACUAUGCAUUUGGAAACUGACUGGGCUAAAAUACAGCUCCCUAACAAGACUUAUCAUUCUUGUUCCCCCUAUAUGAGAGAGCUGACUCAAUUCAUAACCAGGGUUUAUCAGAUUUACUUGGCCGACUUCAAAAAUACUGAAGUGUUGACCACAAAAUGCAGCGAAAUAGCCGUCCGAACCAUCGACCUCUUCGUUCGGCACACCGCGCUGCUGCGCCCCCUCUCCUCGGGCGGCCGCCUGCGCCUCCAGGCCGACUACCAGCACCUCGAGGCCGCCCUCAGGGCAGUCUGCCCGCACCUGCCCGACCUCGGCCGCCCCUAUCGCCUGCUCAAAUCCAUGGCGUCGCUGGUGGUGUUGCCGCCCGAGGAGGUCGUAGGCGGGCAAACCUCGGGCGGCUCGGUGCCCUACAGCACCGCGCUGCUGUUGUUGUUCGCCCACGCGGGCCCCGAGCUGGGCAGCCCGCACCACAACACCGGCUGGAGCCUGCCCAAGGUGUCCGCGUGGCUGGACGAGCACCCCAGCGAGGCGGACCGACUGGACCUGGUGGCGGGGGCCCUGCAGCGCUACGAGGGCCUCGUGAGGCAGAAGAACUCGGCCAGCUACGAUCCGGUGUAUCCGGUGAUGGCGCAGUUUUUGGAGCGGGCUUUGAAGGAGAUCCGGGACUAAGAGGUUUUAUGA